ACAGCCGAGUACCAGGCCACGGGAGGCAUGUAAACAACUAAAUCCUGCAAGGCAAGGUGCAGAUUGACAUUUCGUCGAAUUUCAACAAAAAUGAAGAUCAACGUGAACAACGAAUACCCAACAUUUUGAUUCAAGUUAAAGAUGUGUGACACAGAGGCCUAUUUUUAGUUGAGCAAAGCCACAUAAAUGCACCCUGUUCCAUAAUGAAUGGUCAUCUUUACUUGGACGACGGUCACUUGACCGAUGAUGAUGAUGACCACCAACAUGUACUGGACACCACAACAAACACGUCUCUGGCCUGUCCAGAUUUCAAUGCCAUGCGAAGUGAGAGGCGGGAUCGGACAAGAGCUACCAUGCAGGCCUUGAAUCCUGGAUUGACCAAGACAGUUCUUCCUGAGGCUGAAACUCUAUCCAGGCAGGACAAGGCAGCUGUUUGCAUCCAGUCUCGUUACCGAGGCUACCUGGCUCGCAAGAAGUAUGUGGAACUACUCUUCGAGAAGUUUAACAAGGAGGAUGAAUGGCGAGCAGCAAGAGCAAGAAGACAGGUAGAAGAAGGAGAAUUACUCAUUGAAAAUCACAAGCUAGAGCUAGAGUUUGAGGAGAACCACUGCAUACGUCGGAACAGACUUCAGCGAUACACAGCACACGUGAUAACAAUCCAACGCGCCUGGAGACAGUUCAAACGAAGGAAGCUCAAGACAGUUCAGCAUCCUGACCCUGAUCGUGCCCAUAGCAACCAAGGAGGAGGCGAGGAGGGAGGUGAUGAGAGGGAUGCGAAUGGUAACCAGACUGGAGCAGACUGGGGCCUGAGGGAAGGAGAGGGGGACCAGGGAGCAAGACUCCACAGAGUGUUGGAUUCUCAAUCGGGCUCAGACCACAAUUGGGUCUCAACAGACUCAGGUAUAAGGACUGACAACAUCAACAUGACGGCAGCACGGCGCUCCAAGGCCCAGCACGCCAUGCUGCAGGAUCUAGGCAGCAGCGUGGAGCUAGACGACAACCAAGUCUACGAGUCGUCGCCGGAAGUCACCGACAAGAAAAAGAACCGGCUGAGCCUGGCCGAAGAAUUCGCAGCCGCCAUGGACGAAGACGACGGAAUGUCAGGGGACGUUGCUGAUUGUGAAGACUCGGACCUGAACGAAAGUGAAAUUGAGAGCUCAAGUUGUGCGACCACGCCGGAGUGGGGCGCAGUGGAGAGACAGGACUCUGAUUUGAUCCUGGAGGUGCCACAAACAGACAUCUUAAGAGAGGAUCUGAGAAAUAAAUGUACGCUACACAGCCAAGAGACCAACUCCAGUACUAUGCAAGAGACUGGGAAUGCUUCGGACCCAAACGAAAACUACAGCGUGGAUUCAGACCCCAAUGCAAACGACGUCCCCCUCGAGCGCUGUGACCUGACUGGAGAUAGGAACCACCAAACAAACUCACAGGUCAGGGGUCAGCCCCAGCGGAAUGUUCAGUGCCAGGAUGAGGCCUUGAUGAGGACUGCUUCCUCUCCCAUUAGGACGUCGGGAAGCCACUCUGUGACUCACCCCAAACUCCAGCGCUGUGCCAGCGCCGAGAGCAGGGACUCAGAGUUGACCCGUGGGGUCACAGGCAGCAGACCACAGACGGAUCUAGGCUGUGUGGAACCUACCAUGCCUGUGCUGGAUUGGGAAUCGUUGGAGAAACACUUGGCCAAGAUGGAAAAGGAAGAGGAGCAGCUGAACUAUAAACAGACCCAGAAGCACUCGCGGCAGGCAAUCCUGCGCAAGCUGGCCAUGGGUACGGACGACGAGGCCGAGGGCGACAUUUACGGCAAGAGCAAAGACAAGCUGUCCACCCGCUUGCAGAGCGGGAUGAACCUGCAGAUCUGCUUCGUCAACGAGCCCGUGGACGGCUCGGAUCUUGAAGAGGACAGUCCCAGGAUCCUGGCAGCUGAGGAGAAUCUGAGGAAGGAGUCGCACGUUGCGAAUCGAUUUGGGAGGGUGACGGGUGCGAGUAGGCUGGGAGGGGCCGGAAUCCGACUGAGUAGGGAGAGCAGUAAUACUAGCGCAACCUCACCCAAGGCUCCGUCGGUCACCUUCCAAGACGCGGAGGAUUUUGAGACUCAGCAGGCCCGUCUUCAAGACGAGGCUCGGGUAGCUCUGGCCCGGGCCGAGCCGCUGGCCAGAAUGCAGAUGGAGCUGGAGAGACAACAACGGAAAAAGUCACCGGUAACGGAAUUGGCUGGAGUGUCGGGCAUGACGGACAUCUGCGACAGACUCUACGGCAAGAAGCUGACACAGCGGGCACUCAGGAACAUGUCCCUCAGCAAACUACAGUUUGUGGUCAACGACCUGCACUCGCAGAUCGAAAGUCUGAACGAAGAGCUGGUCCAGCUGUUGAUCCGUCGAGAUGAGCUUCAGAUGGAGCAAGACUCCAAACUGAUUGACAUCGAAGACCUGACGAGGUGGAUCCGCAUGAGUGAGUCACAACCUUGAGAUUGCAUCACCUGAUAUCCAACAGUUACCAUGGCAACCUACUCACACCACUCAAAGAGCAUCUCAUUUUGGUCUUCCUCCAAUAUUUCUUAAUCCAGCACAAAAUGCAAUAGUAACUGAGAAUUCCACAUUUAACCCCUUAAGCACGGGUUAUAAUGGGGACAUUCCUCCACACAUAGAGCAAGUGGCCCGCAUGACUGCACAGCCUUUGUGUGGUAGCGGGACUGCACAAAAGCAGCAGCUGUGGAACUACCCACUAGCCGUGUGCCACGGCAUACCACAGCUGGCAACUGCAUUCCAAUGAGGAUUAGCGGCCGCGGCCAUGACCGCUUCCCGAGCUCAUGGGGUUAAGAACUCAAUAUGCAUGUAAUUUGUUAGACAGUAACAUGCUGAAAUUAGAUGUUCGAGACGUUUUGAAAGGUGUGAUGAGGUGGACCAAGCAGUGCCUUCAGUGUUCAGUGUUAAACAAUUUUUAUGAAUCCCCAUCCACUCAGAAUUGUACUUAUUUGAAAUGUUUGUGUAAAUUGUGA